AUGACACUGGACAAAAUAACAUCACGCUACCCAAAGACCUCUGCUGUGGUUGUUGGUGCCAUGCACCCUCCAUUGUGGGAUGUUACAUUGGGUCAAAUCAUCGAAGAGCAAGGGAACAGUCAUGGAAAUAGAAUUUUCGCUCAUUUCCCGUUACAAUCUGUCCAACGUACCUUUGCCCAGCUUGCGAACAGAAGUAGACUUGUUGCCAAUGCAAUUCUCAGCAGAGGCCUCCGUCAUGGAGAUACAGUCGGAGUUCUUGCGGGCAAUCGCUAUGAGCUCUUGGAGAUAUUCCUUGGUGCUGCUAGGAUAGGAUGUCCAGUGGUGCUAUUGCAACCAGGCUUCUCCCCGGGUGAAUUGAAAACUGCUACGAUCAAAACCGGUAAUUAUAAUUUGUACCCAGCAAUUGGUUGUGUUCUGUCAAUAUCCUGUCUAUAUAAUGAGCUAAGCCUGAUGCUACUAGGUUGCAAAUUGGUUUUUAUAUCAAGCUGGGUCUCUUCAAAGUGCCUCCAGCAUCAUGUAGACGUUGUACGACACCUUGAAAGUUGCCGGGUGAUCAUACUCGGACAUAUCGAACCAGUUGCUCCGGAGACGCCAAUGCAGUCCUACAGUGAAUUUUUGUCAGAAACAACCCAACAUUCUCUUUUCGAGUCCGCACAACUGAUGGUUCAUCCAAAUGAUAUUUUGGUCCUCCCAUACACAUCAGGUACGCUCGCUCUUUAUCUAGGAAAUUUACUCGGAAAUGACCUAAUUUUCACAGGAACAACCGGGGAUCCAAAGGCCGCGAUGCUUACGCACAAAAAUAUCAUCAAUAAUGCUCGUUUUUUCGCCUUCGCCAGUGACGCAAAUACCUCCGAUGUUUUCUGCUCCCCACUCCCUCUAUAUCAUAUAUUUGGUCUUGUGUCGGGAUUCAUCGGCUCACUCGUGUCUGGUUCCUCGAUAGUCGUUGAAGCAAUCAUUACCUAUAGGGCAACUGCUCUGUUCGGUGUCCCUACAAUGUUUUUUGCAGAGAUUGCCUACCUUGAUGCUACAGAGCGCAGGAUUGAAAGCCUGGUCAAAGCUAUAGCUGGCGGCUCGUCGGUCCCAAGCGUCCUCAUAGAAAGAGUCUUGAGAAAGAUGGGUGCAAGGCUUCUCGUCGGUUACGGUAUGACUGAGUCGAGCCCGGCAACCUUUGCUGUUUCUUUGUGGGAAUGGUCGGAGAGGAAAUGGGAAACAGUUGGGAAAGUUCUACCUCACACAAUUGCAAAAGUGGUCAAUCGGGAUGGAACGAUCGUGCGCCGAGGAGAAAAGGGCGAGCUCUGUGUAGGCGGCUAUUGCUUACAAGAGGGCUAUUGGCGUGAUGACCAACGCACCAACGAGGUUAUGAAAAGGGAUGAAGACGGCGUGCAGUGGUUGUUCACUGGAGAUGAGUGCGUUAUUAAUAACGAUGGAUGUUGUACCAUCACGGGUCGGCUGAAGGACAUCAUCAUACGGGGUGGUGUUAACAUCAGUCCUUUGGAAAUCGAAGAGAGGCUUGUUAAGCACUCCUCAAUUGAAGAGGCGAUUGUUGUUGGGCUUGCGGAUGAGAAGUACGGCGAGGUUGUCGGGUGCUUCCUAAAGCAGCUUUCAAAUGCACCAAAGCCCACAGAUGAAGCGGUUCAACGCUGGGUUAGAGAGGAACUCGGCUGGCAUAAAGCUCCGGCAGUUGUCUUCUGGACUGGAGACCCUGGAGUUGGGGAAGAUUUCGCCAAAUCGGGGACUGGAAAAUACCAAAGACAGGUGAUGAAAGACAUUGGUGAACGGAUUCUGACAAAGAGCGUUAUUAUGUGA